AUGUUUGACAUCUUUGCGAAGCUUCUCUCCUCCAUAGCGUCGUUCCUCUUUCCCCUGUUCGCAUCAUACAAAGCCUUGAAGACGUCCGACCCGGCCGAGCUGACGCCAUGGCUCAUGUACUGGGUGGUUCUCGCGUGCGCUCUCCUUGUGGAGUCCUGGACUGACUGGUUCCUUGUCUGGGUCCCCUUCUACGCAUACAUCCGCCUCAUCUUCCUCCUGUACCUCGUCCUCCCCCAGACCCAAGGCGCCCGCAUCAUCUACCAAACCCACAUCCACCCCUACCUCGAGGAAAACGAGUCCAAAAUCGAAGACUUCAUCGCCAGCGCCCACGAGCGCCUCAAGAACGCCGGCCUCGCCUACCUCAAGCAAGCUAUCGCCCUGCUCAAGACUAAGGUUCUUGGGCUCCCCGAAGAAGAGCCUGCUCCCGCGCCCGCGCCCGCCCAGACCAACAACGCCCAGAGCUAUACGCAAAGCCUCCUCUCGCGGUUCAGCCUCCCCGCGGCGCGAUGGACUGGCGCAGGUAUCAAGCCGCCUGGUGCUGAUGCGGCAGGUAUCCCGAGCCUGGAUUUUUACAGCUUCCUCACCACGACUCUAUCAGGCGCCAUGAACGCCGGCUUCCCCGGCAGUGGUAACGAUGCCGAUAUCGAUGCCGCUGCUAGUGGGACGGGCUCACGCAUAGUCAUUCCCGACAAUCUGCGUGGCAUAGACAGGGUGAAGUUCCUUGCGGCGCAGCGCGAGAAGCUAAACGAUGCAAUUAAAGCCCUCGAUCGCGAAUCGCAGACCCUCAAUAGAGAGGACACUAUUCGCCCAAGCGACGCUGCCCGCGCCGAACCGCGAUCCCCCCGCUCUGACGUCUUCCCGCCGGACGAGAGGCCACCCAGCGGACUCAGUUCGUGGAGCGGCCUGAGCAAGAGCCGAAGCGAAGUCGACUUUGAGAAGAUUGAUGUCGACAGCGCGACCGAGGAGGAGGCGAAUCUGAGACAGCGACCUAGCGCCUCCGGUGGUUCAUGGAUACCAUGGGGUUGGGGUUCGGGUGGUACGCCGCCGGCGCAGGAAAAGGAGAAAAAGGAGGAGACUACGGCGCAUAGCUCCGGUGUGCAGAAGAGGCCGCAAUAG